AUGAAGACGAACAAGAUACCACCGCUGCUAGAUGUGGAUAAGUUUGCGCGUUUUAGCAGUCGAACAAUCGAUGCAGAUAAAUUUUACAAGACGAUUGGAUAUGGACUUGGUGCUGUGGGUCACUUGAUGGCGCAUACGAUGCAGAAGGAAACUGAGACGUCAAAAGGAUUUCAAGCGAUUGCCUCCAACAUUUCGAUGGCUCGUUAUGUCAUCCGUUUCACUGGUGGAGUUGAAUCAUUCGCAGCAUGGAAAAACGACUCGUGGUGUUAUGGUGACGACAGUGAACACAUUAAACAAGUUGUACGUCUUCAGGCGCUGUCGAUGAUCAUCUACUACCCACUGGAGCACAUCUCGUACAUUGGAUUUGUCGCACCAAAAUUGUUAGACAUUGAUGCUAUGAAGGUAUCGCGACAAUCAUGUCAAGCGUGGGGGAUCUAUAUAAUUCUUGAUGUCUAUGCCAAUGCUAUCCGGUUCUUGACAUUAACUAGCAAGGAGAAGCAAAUUAAGGAACAAAUGGAUCUCUCAGACGAGGAGCGAGCAACUUUGCUUACCAGCAUUCAACUUCGCCGCCGUGAACUCUAUUACGUGCAGCUUCGUAAUUUUUUAUUCGCUGGGCCAUGCUUUCAUUGGUCGUUCCAAAAGAGCUUUUUACCAGAGCAUUUGAUAUACUUCGAUAUGAUCAGAAUCGAUGUAGCUAUGUAA